AAUGUGUGCUAAAUCUGAACAAAGGAUUUCAAAUCCUGAAAUCACAAAAUAGGACAUUUGAACUUAGUAAUGGGGGCAGCAGUGGAUCAACAACUCCUGUGUUCCUGUGAGGUAAAAUUACUAAUUUUCUCUAUGGAAUUUGGUGUGGGAGAGUGAGCGGCUUACAAACGGACACAAAUUCCGGUUUCAUUCGUGAACAGUGUUUGAUUCAACCUCUGUCCAGCUUCACCUGUUUUCCUCAGGUUGUGCGACCCAUGAGAUCUCCGUUGCCAUGUAAAGGCUGGAGCUGGAGUCGUGCCAUAACCACAUGCACCUGAACACACCGCCAGUGGGGAAACAUGUACAGAGCUCACUUUCUCUCAGCGUUGACUGUGGCCACUUCAAAAUAAAAGCAGAUUUCAACCACACAGGACUGAUGUCACCGCACUCGUAAUAAAAACUCUCACUUCCUGUUCCGUGAAUCCAUAUUGUGAGGAGCGUGAGCGUCCCGAUCUCACUUCUGCGUCCUUGACUCUCACUUUCCACCGUCAACCGCGGACAGAAACACACCUGACCCCCCAGGCUCCGCCCCCUCGUGUCCACUGUUAAUAUGGCUGUUGACACAAACGUUUGGAACGAGCUCUUAAGGCCUCUUACUUUGUCUCUUUCUUUUGUCAGUAAUAUCUUUUAAACCUGUAGUCAGUGCAGGUUUCUUCGGCAGUGAUGUCAAAGUUCGCCAGCUUGUCGUUGCUGUUAGCUACUGUAAACCGCAUUCCAGCGAAGAACGUAUAGCAGCUUUUGUUGCAGCAAUCCAAUCAGUGCAAAGGCUGAAAAGGAAAUUCAAAAGGAAUUCUGUCAGUACAGCAACGUCACGAAGGAUACACUUUACAUGCUAUUUAAAGUCCGAUUUUAGUCAGACUAUGUCAAUAAUUAGGUCCCGAGCCCCACACAGUGGUGUGAGGACCUAUUAUAAUUUGGUUUUAUAGACCAAAAACCUUUCUAAGACACUUCAAUUCAAUUUUACAGAACAUUUUCACGGUCUACCUUUACCUUAUUUUUUGCACUAUUUUUAACUUAUAAUAAAUGUAUUACAACAGGAAAUAUGUGACCCUGCAGAACUCUGAGAGUGCGUUCAGGGACAGGUGUGUGACAGUAAAACACGUAUUGAUUCAUUCAUUUGAUAGGGAAAUAUGCUAAGGCUAAACUCUCCCUCUCUCUCUCUCUCUCUCUCGCUCUUGUCCCACAGGUUCAUAGUGAACAUUCCCCGCGUUGGCAAGGGGAAUGUCACAGGUGCGGCAGCUUGUGAAAACAAGACAGGUGACUUUCAAAAUAAGACUAAAAUGGAAGCUGCCCCACACUUUGGACAGUAUGACUGUAUGUGAGAACGUGAAAGUCACUCCGGACACUUUCCUGAACCUCUCAAGGAAAAACAGACAAUCAAGUGACACACACACAUUAUUCAGAAGUCAGGUGUUGCAGAAAAACAGCAAAUGUCUUCCUUUAUUGACUCUUUCACACCAAAGCCUGUAGAGAAAAAUCGGCGAUUUUCCCAUCCUGGGAUCACAGCACUCGUUGAUCCCGCUGCUUCCACCGUCACCGAGUAUCAAAUGUACUAUUUAGCGAUUUCAGCGUUGACCUCAGUGACGCAAAGUGACCACACAAGCUAAAAUCACUGAUUGUCCUGAUUUCCAUGGACUCUGGUGCAGGAGAGUGAGUGGUUUAAAAAAAUGACUGCAGGCCAGCCAUGUUUUCACAGAGAGGGAGUUUCCACGACUGCUCUUACUUUGAAGGUGCACCUGUGCAGGUAUGAAGACUUCCCGUUGAAACAGAAAGAAAACGUGUCUCUUCACACUGGCAGUCUGUUCAGAGUGGAGCGCAGUCGCCCCCCGGCUUUUGAAGAUGACAGCGCACGUGGUGGUGUUUGUGCUCCUGUUAGUCGCCGCAGCAGCGGAACCAGGACUUGCGACUCUGGACACCGGUGUGAACGAAACCACGUGGACACAAGAACCUGGAGAUCAGUCGGUACAACGUCCAUUGCUGAGUCCCAAAACAGGAAUGACAGCUUGCAAGCAUCUCUUGAAGGUUGAACAAGGCAUAGAGUCUGUCCUGCUUCCCUAUGUGCCUCAGGUGAAUAUGUCCAGCGCAUCUUUUGUGGUGUGGGCUCGCAAGGGUGGAAGCGGUAGCACAUUUGUUCACACGCUUGACAAGAGUGGGGACAGGCCCAAGGACCCGCGUUACGCCGGUCGAACCCAGAUGAGGCCGGACGCUUUGCAGAGCGGGAACCUCAGCCUGACGCUGAUGAGACCGGCCGCCAACGACAGCGGCAACUACACCUGCACCGUGAGAGAGUUCGGACAGGAACUCUCUCACUGUGAAGUGCAGCUGGCAGUUGUAGUCAGAGGGACUGAAGAUCCUCCCAACCUCACCUGGAUUGCUGCGGUGGUGGUGCCGGUGUUGGUGUUGGUGUUUGUUGGUGUUGGUGCCAUCAUUGGAUACAAAAAGUUCUGCAAGAGGAAAACCGACGUCCCCAAGGACAAUUCAGAGGGGCAGCAGCUCCGAGACCUACAGGUGGAGGUGGAGUCAGGGGUGGAGUCUGUCCAACUGCCCUUUGGAGCCACACCUGAGCUGCCUGCGGGCUUCACAGUGGAGUGGAAGACCGGGGAAAAGAUGGUCCACGCUACAGAGCCUGGGGUCCAGGACCAGAAAUACAGAGGCAGAACUGAGAUGAACGACGAGACGUUCGAGCUGACCCUGAAACACCCGGCAGAAAUAGAUGAAGGAACCUACAGCUGCACUGUGUAUGACAAGAAAAGAAUCGUGGAGACACGUCAGGUGGAGCUUAAGGUCAAAGAUGCAGUGGUGGAGGUGGAGUCCGGGGCGGAGUCUGUCUGGCUGCCCUUCCAAACCACACCUAACCUGCCUGACGAUGCUAUGGUGCAUUGGUGGCAUGACAAUCUGGAGGCCUGCCUCCACUUUUACCCUGACAGUUCAAAACAGAAACUAGGUUACAGAGACAGAACAGAGAUGAACGUCGAACCGUUGAGAACCGGUGACCUCAGUUUGACCCUGAACCGCCCGAUAGCCGGUGAGGCAGGAACCUUCAUCUGCGAAGUGUUUGAUACACAACCACGUUUACUGAGAGAGAAAAGGAUACGUCUCACCAUCACAGACACCAGGUUGAUGAUUAAUCCGUUGCCACCAGGAGAAGAAGGAACUCCUCUGAUGUCUGAUCAGACUGAAGAGCCUCAUGAUUAGUUUGUGAUUGUGUUCUCUCUGAUAAUUAUUGAUAUUGUAAUAAAACUUCCCUUUAUUCGUCCUGGUGUUGUUUGUUUUACACCUUGUCUGGACUCAAUAAACUUUAUUUAUACAAAGUG